AGAAGGUCAUCGCUACAGUCUCCAAUCAGAAGCGCAGUUUACGACUUUAAAUCCACAUGCUUUCCUAGAAACUAACUAUGGAACAGGAUCCAUAUGUGGUGCUUGGUUCAACGGUUUCUGAUGUUAGUGAUCUGAAGAAAGAUAUUGUUAAUCUUGGGCGUGUUUUAAGUGCUUGUGAUUUCCAAAACGUUUGUGGUGACGUAGAUGGUAUCAAAGAAAUGAUAAAGGAUGGGACGACUUCGUGUAGCACAAUUUUUUCCGAUCUCAAAAGCAUCAAAAGCCGUCUAUCUGAUACCUCUAGUGCCUUUUCAUCGUACAGUGAACAGUUGAGGACCAUAUUUUCAGAUUUUGAAAAAUUCUCAGAACUUUCCAAAGUAACAUUAGCUGAAAACUCAUGCCUAAGUUCUGUGAAAACAGAUCAAGAUUUCUGUCAUCUGUUAAGCAAACUGGCUAGGGGUUUACAAAAUGGAUUGUUCGCUCAUAUACGGGAAUUGAGUACAUUUUCUUUAGGCGAUAGCCUGAAUAAAUUUAUUGACCAAUAUAAUGAGCUGAAUAUAAAGUAUAACGAACUGUUAGCAAUGUCAUCUCAAAUACCUGUAAAGCAGUCAAGUCCUACUGUGCUUCUCGAUCAAACUGCUGUUUUUGAGAUGCUUGAAAGAGAGAUGAGCAAUUCCGCCAAAGAAGUUGAACAUGUUCGUUCCAGUUUUGAAUCUCGUCUAAAAUCGAUCACUGCUGACUGGGAAUGUGAACGGUCGAAGUUGAUGACGGAUUUGCACAAAAGUGAAGUGAGAAUUGAAGAACUGCAACAAUCAAUCGAAGCUAAAGAGACUGCCUUUUCCAAAUUUAAAGGUGAUUUAGAUGAGUUAGCACAACAAUUCUGUUCAAAAGAAAAUGUUCCAGUAGGUCCGAAUCUAUCUUUAGAUCAAUUGAGAUCAUUUCUGAAUAGACUUGAGAAGAAAUGUCCAUGGAUUUGGGAUUUAUUCUAUGAUAAUUCCGAUGAAAUACCACAAUCCAUAUUACCGAAUCCUAUUGAACAGAAAAAAUCACAUUUGCAUAUAGAUGUUAACUCGUUUCUUCGAGUUUCUCCUUUUUUCAUUACGCGUAUGUUCAAUAUUGUUUUCUUAGACUCAUUGACUGCAGUCAGUACUCUCACGACAAACAAAUCAUCUUCAUCGUCUUCUGGUAAGUCUUUCGAGACCUCAUCUACAUCAUCAAUCUUUUCUCGCGUCGGUGCCGCAGUUACAGCGAUUGCUAAUAUCAUUACUUCACCUAAACGUCUUCAACAAUCUCCUGAAUAUUUAUCAGACAAUAAACGCAGUCGUCCUGCUGUACCUGUUACGGAAACUAUAGGUGUCGGCAAAUCUGAAGAAAAACUUGUUCAUUAUGAUUCUGUUCACAAUAAAAUUUCACAUCCAGUUUUAUCAACAAAGUCAAAUAAUUUUAUCAUUCCUGACAAACCAAUCUUAUCAUCAUCAUCAGCAGCAGCAGCAGCAAUAACAACAACUGCUCAUGACACUGGCUCCAUGCGAUAUCAUCAUAGUUCAACAACACGUAAGCCGCUUACAGAAUUGUCUGGAUCAAAAGUGAAAUCAUCACCGUCACAACCACCACAAUCUACCACGAACAAAUCGGAUCAUCAUAAUAAUAAUAAUCCUUCACUGUAUUCACCUACUCCAUUAUGGAAAAAGGAUUGUUUAGAUAAUAAUUACUCCAAACCAAUUAUUACUGAUUCACAUAAUUUUCAUUCGAAAAAAUUACAACCUGAUUAUAGCUUCUUACAACAUGGACCUUUAGCAGAAAGUACAACUCAAUUACCACAGGAUCUGCUUCGUUCUGUUCAUGCCAAUGUUGGUAAAGAUCACUUGAAUGUUCAUCAUCGUCCAUUUGAAUUUAAUAAUCGUCCUCCUAAUUCUCAAUCACGAAAUAAAAAAGAUGAAUUGUUCGCUACACCUGCUGCACCCAAACCUCUCAGUCCAUCUUGGCAAAUUCCUAAACAAGAACCUAUGAAACAGAAAUCAUCUUCAGACCUACCUACAAUGACUACACCAUAUACUACUACUCAUUCAAAUGAACCGAAUAAAAUCUCAUCACGCAUUGAUCAAAGAAGACAAAAUGAAGUCUUCACUAACACCAACACGAACAGUCAGAAAGUUCAAAGACAUCCAUCAUCGUCGACAUCCACAGCUCCUGUACCAUCGUUUCAUAGAAAAACGUCAAAUGUUACUAAUGCGCCACCUCAAGACUGUAAUCCAUCUUAAAAAAACAAUUUGACUUCAUUUUUCUUUCAUUGUUGUACAUUAAUUUCUUAUUGCCACAGUGUUAAUUAUUUUUUUAAAUUUUAUUCAGUUGAUCAAGUUUAAAUAAGUAUUUUUUUAAAAAGUGAACUUGAUAGUGUUUAAUGGACGGUGGUUCCAUGCUUAGUAAGGAGACUAUUCAGCAGUGUGCAUCUACUGUGUUACUCAUGAUAAUGCACACACACACACACAUGAAAAGACUAGGAUGUGUAUCGGUGAUCUACACAGAAGAGAUGGAAUACGAAGCUAUGAGAUUUUGCAACGGACGUAUACAAUAAAAGCUGUGAAUGACCGCAAUUCAUGCUGGCAGUACAUUUGAGGAAAAGUGGUCGAGCAAUUAAGUGUGCCACAUAUUAUGGAUGAAUUCGAUCAUUGUUGAUAUAUAUUUUUUGUAGUACACCGUUUAGUUGCAAACCUUCAAUGACAAGCGCUGUCCUAAUUGUUGUUAGUGAAUUUGGAGGCAUCACAAAUGAAGUAAUUUCUCUGAACAUCAGACAGAGAUCAGUCAGUGGUUUGGACGUAAUGAUUUGGUUCAGUAUUUAUCGCCAGGUUUUGAUUGAGCAAUAAGAAAGAAAUAAAAUUGAUUUAGUCAUGACUUGCAUACUCUCUUCAGAUAUGUACGUCGUAUUGACGGUGCAACAAUCGAGCUACACGUUGCAUCGUAAAACUAAAACAUUUUAAACUUAGGAACAGUCCAUUAGACUUGUUUUGAUAUCGUCAUCCAGUUGAAGACAAUUAAAUCCAUUUACAGUACUUGAAUUUGCUCAUGCAAUACUGACAUAUACAGACAGAAACAUCAGAGGGGCUGUAUGUGGAGAGUUCAGUUCAACUGAUUAUCUAUUGAUGUACGUCAUAACUACUGUGAAACUGAU